AUGGUAAUUUACAGAUAUCUCAACCCAGGUCAAAAAGGUGAGAACAUCAGAUACUGGAACUCAUCGAAUACAAAUGUUUCCCAAGCUGAAUUAAAUCCAGACAGAGGGGGAAGGCCAAGAACCUUGAGCCCUUUACAUGAGUAUUUCUUAGUGAUGUGUCGUCUCAGACAAGGUUUUCCAGAGGAACACCUUGCUCAUUUAUUUGACAUAUCCUUGUCAACUGUGAGCAGGAUUUUUAUUUCAUGGAUGAACUUCAUGUAUUUAAAGCUUGGUGGAAUCGAUUUAUGGCUCUCACGAGAAGUUAUUAACAGUACAAUGCCUGAAGACUUCAAGAAGAAAUAUGCCUCAACAAGGGUAAUAAUUGAUUGCACCGAAAUCAAAUGCCAAAUGCCAAGCAGCCUUCAAUUAAACAGUGAAUUGUUUAGCAACUAUAAAAACCACACAACAUUGAAAGGAUUGGUUGGAAUAUCACCUGGAGGUGCAACCACCUAUGUAAGCCAACUCUACACUGGCAGCAUUUCUGACAGAGAAAUUGUAACAAGAAGUGGAUUUUUAGAUCUCCCUUUUGAUAAGGAUGACUCAGUGAUGGCUGACAAGGGUUUCACCAUUGAUGAUCUCCUACCUCUUGAUGUAUCAAUCAAUUUACCUCCCUUUCUUGGAAGUGCAGACCAGAUGCCUGCUGAAGAUGUCAUCAAGACACAAGAAAUUGCGAGCUUAAGGAUUCAUGUUGAGCGUGCUAUUAACAAAAUUAAAAACUUCCAUAUUUUUGAUAGAGUUAUACCACUACAUCAAUUUGGAUUGAUAAAUCAGAUAUGGACUGUUUGUGCUAUAUUGUGCAAUGGACAACCAAACAUAAUAUCUGUCAAUCAAAGUGCUACAGAUUAA